AUGGCGGGAGAGUCAAGUCUGCUACAAAUCAACAUCACAAAAGUCGAACAAUGCGGGACAGGAGCGGCGCUUUGUCAAGUCUACGAUUCCAUCUUCCUCGAUGUUCCCAUGAGCAGAGUCAAAUUCAACGUCAACUCUGAAUACGCCUAUAUCCAGAACUUCAAGAUUCUUCAAAACACAUUCACCAAACACGCAAUCGAACGAACAGUGCCCAUUGAAAGUCUCACAAAAUGCAAGAUGCAAGACAAUCUGGAAUUCCUGCAAUGGUCGAAGCGCUUUUGGGAUGUAAACUUUCCAGGUCACGAUUACGAUGCGGUCGCUCGCAGAAAAGGUGCGGGUGUAGUUGCCCCAGGACCUGCACCAGCAUCAGGUAGAACCUCAACAACUUCCGCACGCAAGCCAGCUCCACCUGCGACUACGAGGGCAGCUCCAAGAGUCGCAGCAGCCGCAGGAGUUGGUGCCGGCAUUGGGGGUGCCACAUCACUGGCCUUGAGACAAGAAAAUGAAACGCUGAAAGAGGCCAUAGGAGGUCUCGAGAAAGAGAGGGAUUUCUACUUCAGCAAAUUGCGGGAUAUAGAGUUGUUGUUGCAAAAUGCAUGUGAGGAGGAUCCCGAAAUCGAAAAGGACGAGAAUGGCUUUGUCAAACAGAUACAGGCGAUCCUAUACAGUACAGAAGAGGGCUUUGAGAUACCUUUGGAAGGAGAAGCUGCCGCGAACGGGGAAGAGCCCGAUACCUUUUAG